CAUAACUAACAGCAGGGAGUUAAAUCUGUCCCACUGUGAUGAUUUUACCUUUAAAAAGACUUUAAAAAUAAAGAAAAGAUGUUUUUAUAGGUUGGAAAUCAGCAGCAUCACUGCAAAGAAAUGCCUUUAUGGUUACAUUUCAUAUGGAAGAUAAAAGAGCUGCUAUAGUAAAAAAUGGGAGACUGGAACUUCCUCGGAGGGAUCUUGGAGGAGGUGCACAUCCACUCCACCAUGGUCGGCAAGAUCUGGCUGACUAUCCUGUUCAUAUUCCGAAUGUUGGUCCUGGGCGUCGCCGCAGAAGACGUUUGGAAUGACGAGCAGUCCGACUUCAUCUGCAACACUGAGCAGCCUGGAUGCCGCAAUGUAUGCUACGACCAGGCCUUCCCCAUCUCCCUCAUCCGCUACUGGGUGCUCCAGGUGAUUUUUGUGUCCUCGCCCUCUCUGGUGUACAUGGGUCAUGCCAUCUACCAGCUGCGCGCUCUGGAGAAGGAACGCCACUGCAAGAAGGUGGCUCUCCGGCGGGAGCUGGAGGCGGUGGAUGCAGAGCUGACGGAAGUGAAGAAGAGGAUUGAAAAGGAGAUGAGGCAGCUGGAGCAGGGGAAGCUCAACAAAGCUCCGCUGAGGGGCUCCCUGCUGUGCACCUACGUGGCCCACAUUGUUACCCGCUCUGUGGUGGAGGUGAGCUUCAUGAUGGGUCAGUUCAUCCUCUACGGGCACCGCCUGAACACUCUUUACAAGUGCGAGAGGGAGCCGUGCCCCAAUGUGGUGGACUGCUUCGUCUCGAGGCCCACAGAGAAAACUGUUUUCAUGAUGUUCAUGCAAGCUAUCGCCUGCAUCUCCCUCUCCCUCAGUCUGCUGGAGAUCAUGCACCUGGGCUUCAAGAAGAUUAAGAAGGGCAUCCUGGACUUCUACCCUCACCUGAAGGAUGACCUGGAUGAUUAUUAUGUCAAGUCGAAAAAAGACUCGGUUGUGCAUCAGGUUUGCAUUGGAACGUCCGUGGGACGCAAGACUACAAUCCCCACAGCACCAAGUGGAUACACGUUACUGCUGGAGAAGCAAGGCAACGGACCCAACUACCCUCUCCUCAAUGCCUCCUCCGCCUUCGUCCCAAUACAAGGAGACCCCGGUGGAAAGCCGGACAGCCAAAAGGAGGGCAAGGAAGGAGUGCCGAGCCCCACGGAGCACAACAGCAACUCCAACAACACCAGCAGUGAGACGCGCUCUCCUCCUUCAGACAAACAGGAGGAACGAGAAGAUCAAUCCCCGCCGCAUCACGAGGACCUGGAGAGGGGCAGAUCUGAGUACCCCACCCUGCCUGUUUCAGAUGCCUCCUCCAGCACAGCACUGUCAGGCAUAGCGAGAAAGACACGAAGGAUCACCCCACCGUGGAACUGCUCCACACUGGUGGAGGGAAACGGCUCGGACAGCGGAGACUCCUACAACGGGAACAACAGCAUGAAGCUACGCAGCACCAGCAGCAGCUGCGGAGGCCCCAGAGCGAGGAUCCUCUCCAAGUCGGAGAUUAAGAGGCCGAGCAGGUCCCAGAGCCCGGAUUCUGCGGGGGAGCUCAGUUCUGUAUCUCGACACAGCCGGGAGAGCAACAGCCCCGCCGCCUCCCCUCCGAACCGCCGAGUGUCUGCAGCGAGCAGCACCAGCAGCAGGCGAGCCCCGACCGACUUACAGAUAUGAAGCUCCUACUGUUUAACUGCAGAUUCUCCAGACGUUUGAAUGCAAGCUAUUAAAAUACUGUAAUACUGCACCUUUGACACAGUUUAGGCUUCUUUAAAAGACAUUAAACAAGCACAAACAGCCAGCAGAGAUUACAUUGGUACCACCAAAGAGGAGAAUUUUUCCAGUCCUAGUUAGAAAGAGGAUGUGAGGCACAAGGACAACCUGCAGUCUUAACACCUACUCUUCCUCUUAGAGGGCUUCAAACUACGAUGUCUUUUUUCCCUCAUAUUUCCAGGUCAGUUUCAGGCAUCCAGAUUGAGCUUCAACCCUCAAAUGAUCAAAACAUGUUGGCAACUUACAUAAACUCGUGAUAUUUUUUUUUGAGAUAUUCUGAAAUGUUUUAAUGCUUAGAUAAAACACUGAACGACUGAAGUGAAACAUGCAGCCGAUGCUGAAUUAUGCUAAAAUCCAUGAAUUUUGGUAGAUAUCACAGGUAGGAAUGGGUCCUUGUUCCAAAAACCAAGAACCUUCUGUCAGAAGAUGUUGACCUUUGUGUCUGUAUGGCGCACUGUGACAUUUAAUUCAAUUUAUUUAUAUAGCGUCAAAGCAGCAAAGAGUCACCUCAAGGCAUUUUAUAUUGUAAGGUAAAGACCCUACAAUAAACCCAUCUACUUAAAUCCUUGAUUAACUUUUCAUUUUUUUUACAUUUACCAUUAAAAUAAAGGGUUGUUGUUCAUCCACAGACAGUAUAAAAGACGGACGUAGCCGCUGUCGCUAUUUGGUGUUUGGAAACCAGAUGUGACAAGUUAGCCAAGAAGCUGUCAGUCACAAAAGCCAAUAAACAUUUCCUGGAUAAUCCUUUUAGGAUGACCAUAAUUUAAAAAAUUAACUUAAUGAUUUAUUCGGUAUGACUCAACCUGAGUGACUGAACCCAUAAACUCAUCAGGGGAGUGUUUACAGAGCUCAGGGUGGAGGUUCGAUUCCCCCAUUGAAUUCCAUUAGAGCCAAAGUCAUUUUGAAACCGUGGGUAUCGCCCUCUGGUGGCCUUUAGAAAGAAUGCAGGUUUAAAGUACUUCCACAUUGGCUUCACUUCCCAUGUUUUAUACUGUCUGACAGUUUGUCACAGAAAAGUCUGUUUGCAUGAGUGGAGCGCUCUCUGUUGACCUUGAUUUCAAUAGCAGUACUGACUGAGUAGGAUUAUUUACCUCAUUGACAUAAUGAUGCCUUUAUGGAGUUUUUUUUCUUCAGUUUGCCUUUUGAGACUGUGAGGCUCCGCUGGCUGGUGAAUGGACUGGCUCUCAUACAGCGCUUUUCUACUCGAGCACUCUAUUUACAACACGCCUCAUUCACACAAGCACUUUUUUCUUUGCCAAAGUGCUUUCAUUCACACACAUUCACUCUGAUGAACACAUUGGAGCAGCUCGGGGUUCAGUAUCUUGCUCAAGGAUACUUUGCUAUGCAGACUGGAGCAGUCAGGAAUCGAGCCACCGACCUUAUGAUUAGUAGGUGACCUGCUCUACCUCCUGAACUACAAACACUUAAAGGUGGUUGGAGGUGGGAGGCUAUACUUUGCAUGUGUGUGUCCUAAUUAUGGUUUUAAUAAUCCCCCCACCCCCAUAGAAGUGCUCUAUGACUGAGGUUCAAACUGAGCAUCUGAAUAAGGAAGAAAAGUGAUUUAAGUGACUUUGAAUGGUUGUUGGUGCCAGACAGGCUGGUCUGAAUAUUUCAGAACAUGCUGGGAUUUUCCCACAAAACCUUCUCUACAGUUUAUAGAGAAUGGCCUGAAGAAGAGUCGCCGCCAAAGCAUUCCACUGCUAGUUGUACCCUGUAUGACCACGCAUGUGACAAAUAAACUUUGAUUUGAUAAGAUCAGAUAUCCAGUGAGCAGCAGUUCUCUCGGUGAAAAUGCUGAUGUCAGAGUUCAGAGAAUGAGGCGACUCCUCUGAGCUGACAGGAAGGAAGCAGACACUCAAAUAACCACUCAGUACAACCAAUGCAUGCAGAGGAAUGUCUCUGAACAGAAAACAUGUUGAACCUCGAAGCGGAUGGGCUGCAGCAGCAGAAGACCGCACAGGAUGCCACUCCUGUCAGCUAACAACAGGAAACCGAAGCCACAGUUCGCACACCCUCACCAAAACGGACAAGAUUGGAAAAACGUUGCCUGGCUUGAUGAAUCCUGAUUUCUGCUGCAACACUUGGAUGGUAGAGUCAGGUGUAAACAACAUGACAGCAGGGAUCCAUCCUGCCUUGUCUCAGUGGUUCAGACUAGUACUGGUGGUGUAACUGUGUGAGAGCUCUUUUCUCGGGACACUUUGGGCCCUUAGUACCAACUAAGCAUAAUUUAAACACCACAGGAUAAUGUGCCAUGUCACAAAUCUCAGAUCAUCGCACAUGUGCCAAAUAAGUUCAUUGGACUCAAAUGACCUCCACAGUCACCAGAUCUCAAUCCAUUACAGCACCUCUGGUAUGUGGUGGAACAGGAAAGAGGCAUCAUGGAUCGCAGCAACUGUGUGAUGCUGUCAUGUCAAUAAGGACCAAAAUCUCAGAGUAAUGUUUUUUUAUGGCAGCUCUGAAGGCAGAAAGGGGGUCCUUUCUGUACCAGCAAGAUGUGCCUAAUAAAGUGGCUGGUGCGAGUACAGCUGAGGCCCUGAAUGACUUCACCUGCUCAUUGAAGGUUAAUGGUUUGGCAGAAUAAACAGGAUGGAAAACUGUGGUGCACCCAAAUACUUUUCAGUGAAUUCAUCCAAGAUGAAGCUUUGACAUCACACGUAAAGAUUUCCCAUCAGGCCGGUGAGCAGCAGUGCCUGAAUUUUUUUAUUAAUUUUUUGAGAAAUAUUUUUUUUUUAUUUGACACUCCAUCCUGAAGUUGAUAUUAAU